CCCCACUUUUGUUGUUUUCCUCUUCAUCAUUUCUUCAACAAACCCUCCCCCUCCCCCUCCCCCACACUCUACCUUCCAUUCUCUAAUUACCUUCUCAAGAACAACAACAACAAUGGAGGAGAAGAGCCGCACCGGUGGGUGGUGCGGCUGGUUGUUGGCCGCCAUAGUCAUCCUCGCCGUUGCCUUCGCAAUUUUCUACGCAGUCGAGCACAAGAAGCACAAAUCCGACGGAGGACCCGCCCCCGUCCCCGGCCCCCCCGGCGCCAUUACUAAGAAAUACGCAGACGCUCUUAAGAUCGCAAUGCAGUUCUUCGACAUACAGAAAUCGGGGAAAUUGGAGAACAACAAAAUAUCAUGGAGAGGCGAUUCUGCUCUAAAAGACGGCAGCGAAGCAAAAUUAGAUCUCUCCAAAGGAAUGUACGACGCCGGAGAUCAUAUGAAGUUCGGUUUUCCGAUGGCGUUCACCGCCACCGUCUUGUCGUGGACGAUCCUCGAAUACGGCGAUCAAAUGAAAUCCGUGAACCAGCUCGAAUCCGCCCGGAGCUCCCUCAAAUGGAUCACCGAUUUCAUCGUCAAUGCGCAUCCAAAACCCGACGUUCUCUACAUCCAAGUCGGGAAUCCGACGGCCGACCACAGCUGCUGGGAGCGGCCGGAGGCCAUGAAAGAGCCGAGGCCGCUAACGCAGGUGAAUACGUCUUCUCCGGGGAGCGACGUCGCCGGAGAAGCCGCCGCAGCUCUGGCUGCGGCGUCUCUGGUUUUCAAAACCUCCGAUUCGGCGUAUUCGUCGUUACUUUUGAAGCACGCGAAGCAGCUAUUCGCAUUUGCCGAUAAGCACCGCGAAUUGUAUAGCGUCAGCAUCCCCGAAGUUCGAGGAUUUUAUAACUCGACGGGCUACGGCGACGAGCUUCUUUGGGCCGCCGGUUGGCUCUACCAUGCCACGGGAGAUCAGACAUAUAUCGAAUACGUCACGGGGAAGAACGGUGACGAUUUUGCGAAUUUCGGGAGCCCGACGUGGUUCAGUUGGGAUAACAAGCUCGCCGGCGCGCAAGUUUUAUUAUCCCGAGUUAGCUUCUUUGGGCACAAAGACGUCGCGAGCGAUAGCGUCGUCGGGAAGUAUCGGGACUCGGCCGAAGCCGUCAUGUGUGGGCUUUUGCCGAAAUCUCCGACCGCCACCAAGAGCCGGACGGAAAAUGGCUUAGUGUGGAUAAGCGAGUGGAAUGCGCUUCAGCAUCCGGUGGCAUCGGCUUUUCUAGCGGUUAUUUAUAGCGACUACAUGCUUACGUCGCAAACGGCGAAGAUAUCUUGUAACGGGCGGAGUUUCCGGCCGUCGGAUCUCCGGAAGUUUGCAAUGUCGCAGGCGGACUACGUGUUGGGCGAUAAUCCGAUGAAGAUGAGCUAUUUGGUCGGGUACGGCGACAAGUAUCCGCAAUAUGUUCAUCACCGGGGAGCCUCGAUUCCAACAGAUGCAAAGACGGGGUGCAAAGACGGGUUCAAGUGGCUCGAGUCGACGGAUCCGAAUCCUAAUGUUGCGAUCGGAGCGCUCGUAGGCGGGCCUUUUCUCAACGAGUCGUUUGUCGACUCGAGAAACAACUCGAUGCAGACUGAGCCGAGCACGUACAACGGCGCCGUCGUUGUCGGGCUGCUUUCGAGCUUAGUCACAACGUCGUCCGUCGUCCGGUCUUUCACUUGAACCCGGUCCGCUCGUCGAACCGGCCGUAUAAGCAAUAUAUAUAUGUAUGUACGUAAAGGUUGUCUUGUAUGUAUGUAUGUAAGAUCUAGUGUAAAUUUUGCAAUAGUUGUUUCUCGUGUGGUUUGGAUAUAUAUAUAUAUAUAUAUACAUUGUUUUGUUUA